CAGGAGCGCGGCUGCUCCCGGACGCCUGGGCCCUUGGGACGCGCCCCAUGGCGGCUGCGGCGGCGGCGGGGGCGGCCCUGGCGCGGGCCCGCCGUCCCGUGGGGCUGGCGGCGGCCCGGUGCCCCCUGCAUGUGGGGCCGGCGGCGGCGGCCGGCCACAACCGCUGGUCCAAGGUGCGGGGGGUGAAGGGGCCCCGCGACGCCGCCCGGAGCCGCCUCUUCCAGCGCCUCGGGGGGCUGCUGCGCGUCGCCGCCCGCGAGGGGGGUCCGGACCCGGCGCUCAACGCCCAGUUGGCCAACGUGGUGGAGCAGUGCCGGGCGAAGAACAUGCCCAAGGCCUCCAUCGAGGCGGCCCUGCGCGGCGCGGAGAAGACGGCGUCGGAGCGGCUCCUCUACGAGGCCCGGGGCCCCGGCGGCGCGGCCCUGCUCCUCGAGGUGCUCACGGACAACCCCCGGCGGAGCCAGCAGACCCUCCGGCUCGUCCUCGCCCGCCACGGGGGCGCGAUGGCCGACGGCGCCCGGCACAGCUUCGAGCGGAAGGGGGUGGUGCGCGUGGCCCCCCGGGACGCCCGCGGCCGCCCCGUCUCGCUGGAGGCGGCCCUGGAAGCGGCGCUGGAGGCCGGGGCCCAGGACGUCGAGGAGGACGACGAGGAGGAUGACGAAGAGGAGCCGGUGCUGAAGUUCGUCUGCGAGGCCUCGGCGCUGCGGGACGUGCGGGAGCGUCUGGAGGCGUCGGGGCUGCGCCCGCUCUCCGCCGCGCUCGAGUACCUGCCCCGGGAGCGGGCGCAGCUCUCGGAGGCGGCGCUGGAGCAGGCGGCGCGCCUGCUCGACGCCCUCGGCGCCUGCCCCGACGUCGUCCGCGUCUACGACAACAUCCGGUAGGAGCCGUCGCGCGCCGCGAGGGACACGCGGGCGCGCGGCACCGAGAUGGAGCCACGGACGUGCAGCGCCGAGCACCGAGAUGGACCCAUGGACGUGCAGCACCGAGCACCAAGAUGGACCCAUGGAUGUGCAACGCCAUGAUGGACCCAUGGACAUGCAGCACCAAAAUGGACCCAUGGACGUGCAGCACCGAGCACCAAGAUGGACCCAUGGACGUGCAACGCCAAGAUGGACCCAUGGACAUGCAGCACCAAGAUGGACCCAUGGACAUGCAGCACCAAAAUGGACCCAUGGAUGUGCAGCGCCAAGGUGGCCCCAUGGAUGUGCAGCCCUGGGGCCGACCCACGGACGUGCAGCUCCACUUGGGGGGCGACAAUAAAACCCUGGUGUGA